GCUCCCAAGACUCCUGAGUCUCACACUCUCACCCUGUCCUCGCAGUCUCCAAGAGGUCACAGAGCUCGCAACGUUCAAUCCAUGGCGAGCCCAGGUUUUCGUCAACCCCAGUUUUCGGAGGAUAUAGCUUGGCUUCCAGCAUGGAUCCAGCCACAUCAUAUGCAACCACUUGAUGGGGAUAAUGGCCCUCAAACUCCUGAGCAGGCCUGUAAGGAUUCAGUGUUUCUUCAAGUAAGUGCUAGUGAAGGAAAAGAUGAAAUUUUAUUUGCCAAGGGAGAUAUUAGAUACAAUAGUUUCCAUUUAUUCUUAUCAGGCGACGACUGUUCACCUAUUGGACUGACACCAACUACUGAAAAUUUACCUCAUUUUCAUUUGCACCUUUCCUCGGAUGGUAUUUCAGAAAACAUCCAAAGUCCCGCUGCUUAUAUACUUCUGUCAGAGAAGCAUGAAUCAAACAAUAACUUGCCUCAGCAUAUACUUCCUGAAACUGAAGUUGUUCUAGAUGACCAAGCAUGCCAUUACAAAAUAGAUGAUAUCACUUGCAUAAAAAAUUUGAUUCCCUCAAUAUCCAAGGCGAGGAUGUCCCAGACUUCCAAACUUCAAUCCUGCACCAAAGGUAGCAGGAAUGAGGGGAGAAAAGACGAGAAAAAGUUUAAUGCUAGACAGCUUAGAAAUGCUGAUAUUAAAGACGCAGUUGAACACUCUAUUGCAGCAUCUGAAGCAUUGGUUAUAUCAGAAUUGGUUGAGAGUGGCUCACCUUCAGAAAUUCUACCAGCUGCUACAGUACUUGAAGUUGCACUUCAGGUAAAACAAGCUCGGAACCACUUGUGCCUGGAUGGGGUAGAUGAGGCCUCUAUUUGCUCAACUGAAAAUGUUGAUGAAACUGAUCUGCUUUUGGACUUGGAUGAUGACUAUAUGGCGGAUGCAUUCAAUGAUGUAGGCUUAUCAUCUAUGAAAGUUGUAGGUGCUUCUGAUGAUAUGUGUGGCUGCAGUUCAGUUAUAAAACAGGCGACCAGCUCAGCUAGAUUGUUUUCUUAUGUUCUAGAGACACCGAUCUCAGAAAAUAAUUAUACAUGUAAUUCUGAAGUCCAGAGGAUAGAGGUUCCUCAAGAAGUUGAUUUCAAUGGCAUUUCUAGACAGAAAUUUGAAGACACUUUACCUGUGGAUUUAAGAGGAUCAAAGAAUUCACCAUUGGAAUCCCCUGGUGAUGCAUUGGGGAAGUAUCAUUAUCACAACCCUCCUUUGGGACCUUCAAGCAUUCUGUCAAUCCAUAGAGAUUUAGAUCUUUCCGUUGCAAUCCAGGGAGUCGACCAUGAUAUUGCUGAUAUAGACUCAUCUCAGGAUCUGAAGUCAGGAAAACUUGGAACUGGAAACGAAAUACUUGAUGUAGUACCUGACAGAUUCAGAAGCCGCUGGUUAGGGGGUUGGACUGGGAAGGAUAAUGAUGCGUCUAUGAACUUGGAGAGGAAUAAACUGACAAAAAUAUGUAAACCCUUCGUUGGGGAAACCAGCUUUUUGUCUGAAUCUGCCGAUGUUGCCCCAGAUGAGAGUUCUUGUGUGCAGAAGCUGGAAAUAGCUCCCUGCGUAGCUUCAUUUUCAAGCAUACCUUUUGAAGAAAUGUGUAACACAGUGAAUGAAGGAACAGUACUUUCUCAAGAUCUUGUGAGAUCUUCUAGUUUGUCCUUGGUGGAUCCUCUUUGUUCGAUUGUUCCAUGCAGUAUAUCUUCAGAACAGGCUGAUGUUAUUCUAGCUCAAGAUAAGGAAGAUGGAGGAGCGAAAACUGGAAAGUGCUCGAAUCCCACAUCAGGAACUGGGUUGGGGAAUUCACAAAGGACACCCGAGCCAAAUGUUGAGCAUGUUGAGUUUGCAUACCAAGAAGGGCUUAUAUCCAAAGUAAACAGUGAAGGUUUCCGGGAUACAGGUUCUAGGAGGUUGACCUCUCUCAAAACUUAUAGCAUGGUAGUGCCUGUUCAGAAUGUCAGUUCAAUAAAUGAGAAUAUUUAUAGUAAGAAGUCAUUCUCACUAGAAGGCGUCAUGGGGUUUCCUACCUCUGAGGAGAAUGUAGAUUGCCUCAAAUAUCAUAAUGAUGAAUCCACUCCACUCCUACCUUCAAAACCAAAAACUAAACAUACUGGGGAUGAUAUUAGGGAUCCUGCCAAUGUGAAGCUAAUCAAGGAAACUGCAGGUGAAAGAGGAGACAGUAAUGAGAUUACAAAUGAAGUCAGACAUGAGAUUACAAAUGAUGGACUGGACUUGCAGGUUCACCCGCAAGAGGCUAGGGGCUCACCUAUUAUUUUAAAUUAUGGAUGUCACUGUCGCCUACAAGCUUCCAAAUUUAUCACAAGAAAUAUCGCUGGAGAAGUGAAUUUCGAAAGGGUUUCAAUACCAGAAUGGACAGAACCACAUAAUUUAGUUGGCAGUGGAGAUCAAAGUAAUUUUACACCAAUACUACAUACCAAACCUCACGAAGGUCAAGGUUUAACAAGGAAGAGAGUUCGGUUCUUCGAAGCUGAAGUUGAGUUUCAACGAAGCAAAAGCAGUCCAAAGUUACAAUCUGGAAACCGGAACCGAUCGAUUAACAGAGCCGGUAAAAGGUGGAAUGGUUCCAUCGCCCGAUUUGACGCCAAGGCUCGAGAGAAAAAUAAACACUUUACAGAUAUCCAUAUCAAAUUUGGAAGGAGAAUUAUAUUUCAUGGAUUAGAAUUUCUGCUGACUGGUUUUUCUAGUCAAAAGGAAAAGGAACUUGAAAUGUUGAUUAGGAACCAUGGAGGUGUUGUUCUCUCUGAUAUUCCUCUACCUUGCCUGAACUUAAGGAGAAACAGAAGAGCAAGAUGUAAGCUUCAACAGCUUCCCGUUGUGCUGUCGCCUAAGAAGUUGCAAACGACCAAGUUCUUGUAUGGCUGUGCGGUAAAUGCCUUCCUGCUAAAAACUAGAUGGCUUACUGAUUCAGUUAAAACGGGUUCCAUAUUACGCCCUGACAAGUACAUGAUUCUACCACAUCAAGCCAAUGCAAGGAGCAAGAGAAUUGGUCAGCCAAUCUAUGGGAACAACAUUACCUACAUAUUUGACAAAAUGGGGAUUAUGCUCCAUGGAAAGCACAGUUUCUGCACCAAACUGGAAAAGAUUGUGAAGCAUGGGGGUGGACAGAUUUUCAAAACUCUCCAGUGGUUGGUCCAGAGUUUGAAGACUGGAAAAAAUUCUGUUGGGGCAAUUGUUGCUGAGGAUGAGGGAAAGGCAUCUCGUCACUUGAGACACUGUGCAUUGGAGGAAAAGCUACCUAUGGUGCCAGCAAGCUGGUUAAUAAAAAGCUUACAUUUGGGGAAGUUGCUUCCUUUCACGGAGAUUGACCAAUCUUCUGCUUUGUCUACUACUAAGAUUCCGGACUAUCGCACUACACUGGAGUUCAGUGAAGAAAUCUGAUAUUUGCUUCUUUUCUAAUGCCUCUUGAAGGAAUAAUUAAUUUUUUGCAGGUGAAUCUAUUACAAGCAUUGCAGUUUUAUGACAUGUUCUGAAGAUUUUUCGCAUUCUCCUAUCAGCAAGUUGGAGAUUGAUAAAACAGAGAUGGAACAAGCUUUGGAACAUGCUGCUGAAACCUUGGUAUAGAUAUUUUAGGAGGAACAUAUGACUAAACAGAAAACAAUUUGUUGCUGCUGCUUAGUUGGAGAACUUGAACCACAGGAGCU